AUGUCAGUGGCCCUGCACAUGGGCAUGCCCUUCAACCAGCUGGGGGCUCUCACAGGGAGGAAGUACUAUGACAUUGAAGCCACGUACUCUACCAGCGCUGCCUCCGCUCAGGAGUGCCUUUUAAAGGGACAUCUUGGAACCUCAAAGGAUUCUAUGACCAUGCGGGAAAAAGAUGAGAUAGAUGAAGAUGAAGACAAAUCCUUAUGCUCACAAGCCAGCUCAGAAAUCAGUAGUGAAACUACUUAUUCAGACACAACUGAUGAAGAGGAAAGUGGCUCCCUGAAUCCAGAAGCAAUGCAGGAGCAUGGGGCCAAAUCCAAAAGUCAAGUUGCCCAUCCGGUGGAUAAGUUGAAGACACGUCAACCUCUCAGUCGUCUAUUAGGUCACUUAAAAACAGGAAGUUCUGCUAACCUGCCAGCCACGUUGAGCCACAAGCUCCCAGUAAAACGUGGCUUGCACUUGACUCCUGUCUUCAGCCACAGUUUUCUGAUGCCUCCAGCAAUGCCUCUGGCACAGAGGAUGGUCUGCUGUGCGCAUCUGUUUCCUCAGAAGCUUUGGCCACUUUGCAGCGACACUCCCUGGACAGUUCCGAGGUUCAACUCUAAUUUGGGGGUCUUUGUGAGCUCUGGAUUUGAAGGACCAGAAAACCCAUCUCAGCAGUUUCUGGAGAGAACUUCAAGGAUCAGGUUUUCCAAAGACAUAGUUCAGCUCUGGCUUCAGAGUGAAGUGGUGCAGCCGGAGAAGAUCCUCAGGUACCUCCAGAUUCAGUCAGCUUUGACCCCGUACCUGUUCCCUGACCCUCGGGCCCUCUGUGAGCAUCUUCCAGUCAUCGAGCAGCUUGCCACCAGUGGUAAGUUUCUCCUCAUCACACCCAAGAUCGUGGUCGACAUAUUGUACGUCCUGAGGAGGGAAGACUGCUGGGCUUUGGCAGCCAUCACCUUCCUAGAGGAUGAGCUGAAGAGAGGGAACCGGUACAUUUUCUGCCAGUCCUUUUUGUCUACGAGGUUAGUGAGGCCCAGGAUGACCAGGCCAGACUCUGAUGCCUGGGACCUCUAUGACAUUCUUGAGUUCUGCAAAGGUCUGCUGGACUCCUCCCAGCCAGGGACCCCUGACCCCAGCAGCAUGAUAACAAUCAUCACGGGCAUCUGGACAGCCCUAGGAAUUUCUCAUACCCCCUGUAGCUGGUGCUGGGAACAGCAAUUGAAGCUGGUGUGGAAAUCAAGAACAUCCGGCGCUUCCACAGGGAGUGGAAGACGGUCAGCUGACGUCACAUCUCCCUUCUUCCUCCUUCAGCACUUAACCCAUCAAACUCAAUCUGUUCACCUCUCUUGUUCACACCUAAUGUUAAAGUUCCCCGACAGACACUGGCUUAAGAUCUCAACCUGGAUCAGAUGAACAAGGAGCAUGUUUUGCC